AGUAAUCCCGAGCUGCUGAGACAGAGAGGAACAUACUGACUCGGAUUUUACAGCUUUAUUUCUCAGCCUGCGGUGCCAGAGUGGGCAAACAUCCCCGAUCCUCACGCUGACAGAAGUUACCGAUGGACCGGUUCUGGGGGUCAAGCGGAUGGGGACCCUGAGGAAAGAGUUGUGGCGGGAUGUGAGGGGAACUUGUGUAGAAUGGCCUCUUCUCUGAGGGAUGGCAGCUUUCCACCUCCAGCAUCAUCAUCCGAGCGGGGACCCACGGCGGCUCUUCCAGCGCCUCGCAGUCCUGUCCUCUCUCAGCAUCUUCUGCUUCUCUCUGGUCUAUCUGCUCACCGGAUGCUGCGAGACCGGACUGACGGAGAAGUCCGAGUCCAAGUUUUCUGCUCCGAACUUUCUGGUGUCCGUCUGGUCCGAGAGAAACGGCACCAACAGCGUGCCCGAUGACGGCGAUGCGGAGGCGAACAGCACCGGGAAGGAGUGGACCGCCGCCCGGAGGUUACCUCAGGCUCUGAUCAUCGGGGUGAAGAAAGGGGGCACCAGGGCUCUGUUGGAGUUCCUCAGACUCCAUCCGGACAUCCGAGCCCUCGGGUCCGAACCACACUUCUUUGACCGGCAUUACGCGCGGGGGCUGGACUGGUACAGAAGCAUGAUGCCGAAAGCACUGGAGGGUCAGAUCGUGAUGGAGAAGACGCCCCGCUACUUUGUCACGGUGGAAACACCAGCACGGAUCCAUGAGAUGUCGCGGGACGUGAAGCUGAUCGUGGUUGUCCGUGACCCAGUUACCAGAGCCAUAUCCGACUACACACAGAUCAUCUCCAAAACUCCAGACAUCCCCCGCUUUGAGAGCCUUGCCUUCAAGAACCAGAGCACAGGUCUGAUCGACUCACUCUGGAGCCCCCUCUGGAUCGGCCUGUACGCCCAGCACCUGGAGCGCUGGCUGGCGUGGUUCCCGCGGAGCCAGAUUCAUCUGGUCAGCGGCGAGAAGCUCAUCACAGACCCCGCGGGGGAACUGGGCAAAGUCCAGGACUUCCUGGGCCUUCAGAGGAUUGUCACGGACAAACACUUUUAUUUCAACAAAACGAAAGGCUUCCCCUGUCUGAAGAAGCCUGAAGGUAGCAGCAAGCCUCACUGCCUGGGCAAGACCAAGGGGAGGACUCAUGCUUCCAUCGACCCACAAGUGCUGCAGAAACUGAGGGACUUCUACAAGCCUCACAACCAGCGUUUCUACCAGAUGGCCGGCCAGGAUUUUGGGUGGCAGUGACUCUGUAUGCACUGAAGGCGUUCAACCAAGUCCUUCCAACACAGCAGCUUGGAAGCCUGGCUUGAGACGUCAGCGGUGGCACCUGGGUGUCUGUGUCAAAGUCUGACAUGGAUGUGUGAUAUUUAAAAAUAAUCCCAUAUCACACCUGCAUUAAUGAUCCCACCCUUCUAAAUGGGCACAGCUUUAUUUUCCCAUCAUUACCCCAAGGAUGCAGGGGACGUGAAGAGCUCCGUGUUUUGUGGUUGCUAUUGGUUACAACGUUUUAUCGAUUCAUUUUGCUGACUAUUAUACAAGCCCACAAUGAAUUUCUGGGUUAUUCGUGUAUAUUUUUUCAAGAUGAAUAUUCAAUGUGACGGACAUCAAGAGAAUGCAACUUUGAGCUCCAGUUUGACCGAGUGCUUUUUGUAUUGGUGAAUAAUGAAUGUGGAUAAAUGGAAGUAGGUGUGCUGGUCCGGACCAGUGUGCCAGUGGAGUCAUUCUGGAGCUGACCUGAUGUAAGGGGUCUGGUUCUGGUUUGCAUGUAUUUGCACUAGUCUGAGAGAAAAGAAUAAAACUAUU